CCCACCCGUCCGCAAUCACACCCCAACCUACCACCGGACUUCAUCUCCGCUGAUCCACAAAAUCAACCCACAAUGGCCCACACACUCUACGACGGCACGAUCGUCGUGCUCGAGGGCAUCCUCAGGACCCUCUCGCACAUUCUCUCCGCGGCUGAGACCCAGCGCCCCAACGAUCCCGACAGCUUCCUUGCUGCCCGUCUGCACGAUGACAUGUAUCCACUCGCCGACCAGAUCCGCCUGGCGACCAAAUUCAGCGCAUUACUUGCUGCCCGCCUCACAGCCCAGCCGGAACCGACUGCUUAUGACAACAAUCCCACCACGUUGGCGGAAGGCCAGGAUCGUAUCGCGAUGGUGUUGAAACUGCUCCGCGAGGCCGACAAGGCGGUCGUCAACGCGCAGGGUGAGGAGUCGAAGCCCACGCCCAUGGGCCCCGGGGUGACGGUGGAGAUGAGCGGGGCCAAAUAUGCUCAUCUCGUCGUCUUGCCUAACGUGUAUUUCCAUCUGACGACCGCGUAUGGGAUCCUUCGGAAGGAGGGCGUCCCGCUGGGGAAGCGCGAUUAUUAUGAGGGGUUCUUCCCGGGCAUGGCUGGGGGAAACAAGUAGAUGGGUUCAUCAAUCAGGCAGUGGAGACACCCCUAUUGUCAGUUCGAUGUAUAGUUCGAAGUUAUUGUACAGUGUUAUAGGGUUAGGGUCAAUUGGGAGGACAUUUAUGGUCUAUAUGGAGAAGAUAUCAGAUGAACAGCAUCUACAAUAGCACCUAUUGAUGAGGUUGAUGAAUAGACAGUGGCUGAGUAGUGCCAGAUUGAUUUGUACCGCCACAAAAGUGCAGCCACCGCCACUAUAAGCCAGUUGGCAGAAUUU